UUUAAACAUUAAUUAUUUAUAUUUUAUUAAUUUUCAGAUGUCUUCAAAAUCUGAAGAGGUUAAAAAAUUGGAGCCAAUUUUCACCACAAAUCCAGCUGAAUUGAAAGGAGAGAUUAUUAAUGUUAGCUUAAAGAAAUAUCUGACAUUAGGCAUUGUUUGCGAUUGGAAUAGAACUUGUGCACGAGAGUUUGUCCAAGUCGAAAGGGUUAUUCUUGAAAGUCCUGCACAUGUUAGUGGUGUCUUACCCGGAGAUAUUAUUGUUUAUAUCAAUCAGAAGUGUAUUCUCGGCACAACGGGCGAAGAUGUUGAUAAAAUUUUGACUUCGUUUUCUGUUGGUGAUGUUGUCAAUUUUCAAUUUUGUCGUGGGUAUGCAUUCCAAGAAUCAAUAGGCAAUCGAUCGGACGCUGAAGUAUUUAUUGCUAAUAUUUGCGAGCUUGUUAAAAUGUUGACUCUAAAUUUGGACAUUGAUAGUUUAACAGAACGAGCUGUUGUGUCUGGACUCGCACUUAUGACUAAACAUGUUUGUGUAGAAGAAAAAAUUAAAAUGGGGGAAACUGGAAUAAUUGAGAUAAUUACAAAAUUAGUUGACGAUAAAUUCAUGGUGGAUGGUUGGUAUGAAAUUAUGGAAGUUGGAUGGUCAUUUUUGUUCUCUAUUAUUGGUAAAUACAAAUAUUUUUUCAUUUUUAUGGUUUAAAGUAGAGACCGGCGAAAUGUGUUUGCGGGAUCCUGUAUGCAUUAUUUUUUCAAAAAAUUUAGCGGGCCGGAUUUUGCGGGAUAAAUCAAGCAAAAUCACGCAUUAUAAAUUUGCGGGAUCCUGCGCG